CAGGGUCUGGGGAGAGCGGAUAUAGUGAAUGCAGGGUCUGGGGAGAGCGGAUAUAGUGAAUUCAGGGUCCAGGGAGACCAGAUAUAGCGAAUGCAGGGGUCCGGGGAGACCAGAUAUAGUGAAUGCAGGGUCCUGGGAGACCAGAUAUAGUGAAUGCAGGGUCCCGGGAGACCAGAUAUAGUGAAUGCAGGGUCCCGGGAGACCGGGUAUAGUGAAUGCAGGGUACCGGGAGACCAGAUAUAGUGAAUGCAGGGUCUGGGGAGAGCGGAUAUAGUGAAUUCAGGGUCCGGGGAGACCAGAUAUAGUGAAUGCAGGGUCUGGCAAGAGUGGAUAUAGUGAAUUCAGGGUCCGGGG